GUCUGCCCGGCAUCCGGGAAGAUAUCACCCCCACAACCCCCGGGCGAUCACCAUCACCGUCGCCUUACAAAGGGAUCAGUUUGAUCGGUGCCGGUACCACCACUUCUACUGGAGCAGGCCAGCGAAAAGAGUUCCAGCAGUCCGCAGCCGAAAAGUGUCAUUAAGUUGGCAGCCACACCUCGCAUCGAUAUCUCCAGAGCAAGUAGUUCAUCUCAUCACGACAGCCGAGAUAGUACGCCGGAAAGGGAGAUCUUCGAUCACUCCGCACAAGAACCGGCGGCUAGUACGAAGCUUGGGCUGGGAUUCAGGGAAGAUGGUACUUCGGAACUCAGGUCAUCAACUGAAGAGCUAGACUUUCAAGAUGCCAACGAGUCCCGAAAAGUGAACCGGACUAGACCGUCGUCGCCUAUGACCUUGGAGGAAUGCAUUCCUCCGCACAGAAAAGACUCCCAGUGUUCCGACAUCGUACUCCUGUCUAUAUCGGGCAGAACGUCCAGACUUUCCAGUAUAGGUAGUCAGGGCAGCGGUCAUUCGGGUCAGAGCAGGUUGAGCAACGCUAGUCACCUCUCGGGGAUAUCAAGAUGUUCUUCGCCACACAAAAUGCUGCUGGAAACUUCGUUUUGUGGUGCGAAACCUCCAGAUGUGGUUAAGGCUGCUGAACCAACAGGCAUUAAAGAAGACAUGGAAAAGCUCUUGCUGUCCAGGAAGCAUGAUCCGACAGAAGCUAUUCUGGCAGAAGGCAUUUCCAUAGAAAAAUCUAAUAAAAAAACUCCGGUGCCGCAACAAAAGUCGAAACCGCCCGCUCAGAGACGAGACAGCAAAAUGAAGGUAGAUGUAACGAUAAAGGUGGAUCGACCUCAGGACGAUUUCAGCAAAGAAGAAUCUGCUCCUAAGCUUCCUAGUAGAUUUGUAUCAGAAAGUGGCGUAGAGUACUUUUACAUUCCUCUCAAAGGCCCCUUGCCACCGGACUUGGACAAAAUCGCAUCGCCAACCACAGCGAAGGCUGUUAGAGAGCUCAAGUCUAGAGAAACCAAGUCUAGAGAAAUCAAGUCUGCUAGUUAUCAAAGCAAAAGCGGUAGGAGCUCCAAAGACGCCAACUCAAUACCUAGAACUAGAUCAGCGACACAAGCGCCAAGCGAACGAAGAAACGAGAAAGAAGAACCGAAGUACAUACGGAUCAAGCUGAAACCUGACUAUUGCUACUCCGACACCGACCAAGAAAGUUCCACCUGCGAAAUACAAAAACCUGAUUCGCUCGAGCUUAGAACGUCUCAGAUAUCUCAUAGCAGCGCUGUUAUAGUGACAGAAAUACCGGAAGCAGCAAAAAUAUCCGCGUCAGUGAACAGUGCAAAAAACGAUGCAAUAGAAAACAUAACUAGCGUGACUCCGUCACCUUCAGUGUCUAGAAAAAAUUCCUUCGCUUCUCUUUUCAGAAGCAAAGAAGCCAUAGUCAGCCCCGAAUCGCCUGGCGUUUCCGAGCACAAAAGGAAAAACACCCUGACAAGUAUUCUGGGGGACGGCGCUAGGAGUAGAAGUAGAAGCAGAUCGAAAAGUAGGGACAGAGAUAGCCACAAGUCUUCGCUCUCGACUGCUCCGUCAUCGACAGAGAGCAUAGACAUUAAAUCCAAAAACAAAUCAGUGCUGUCUUUGUUUAAAGGCAUCAAAAAGGAUAAGGUCAAAUCGGAGUCUGAGACCAGCUCACAAGAAACAUUACCUAGUAUAGAAGGCAUCGGUAAGCUAGAGUUCAAGUUCAAUGAGCCAAAAAAGACUCACUACGAAAAUCCUUUGGACGCUGCAAGCAUCCGUAUACCAUUGCAUUCUCCAGACUAUUAUGAGAAGAGUUGGAAGACUUCCAGUCAGGACUCUCAGGAUACAGUCAUCGAAGUAGCAGCCAGUAGUAUACCCAAGCCCGAACCAGCGAUCCAACGAGAAGAAAGCUUCGUAAAGUCGCAAGCCAGCAAAUCAGCUGCAGCUAACAGUAGACAAAGUAGUACGAGUAGUGAAAAUGUGGUGUUUUCCACGAAGCUGGAUAAUGAGGUGUUCACGACGAAGCUGCCGAAGAAUCUUCCUAAGGACAAACCUAGGAAGGAGAUGAACGGUAUCAUAGAGGUGGAGAGGACAUUAGAAGCCACCAAAACCAACGAGGUUGAAAUAGAGGUUGUGAAUGAAGUAGUAAAAGUAGUCAACGAAGUUCAAGUAAAUAGAGAAGAUGUAGUUGAUAAAAAAGAAGAUGUUAUUACUCAAAGGACAGAUACUAGUGAAGAUAAAAAUAACAUUAGCGAACGAAAACAAGAUGUUCGCCCGAAAAAUCCAGACGUUAGCGACACAAGGCAAGGAGAACUGAGUGACCGCGUGCCCAAGUCAAGAAGUAAUACGAGCUUGAAGAGAGCAGAAUCUUCAAGAGAAAAGAAGGUUGAGACGGUCGUAGAUAAGAAGGUUACGGAAGAGGCUAGGCAGAGGUCUAUAGAGAAAGCCAAGCGCACAUCCCAACUAUCCGCAGCAAGUACGGCCACUUCUAACGCCGACGAAGAUCGCGACUCUUCGGAAUCGGAACGAGACGCCGAGGAUAUGGCGAGGAACAGGAGAGACCUAGAUCUGAGGCUGCAAUUGGACGUGACGGAGCCUGAGAGGAAAGCGAUUGUUCUGCAGCAGGACUCGUUCGAGGACGAAUUGCCUUACGUACCCACCACCUUGCCCUUAGAGCGCUCCGCUGCCGUGCCCAUUGUGCCCGUUAGACAACGAUCUACGUUCGAGAUCAAGACGUGCCCCAUCGAGAGACCCAGAUCGACCACACCGAUCAAUCCCAGUUGCCUAGAAGAAUACUGUGAAGAUGUAAUGGGCAGUUUCAAUGUAGAAAGCAUAACGCAAACUAUAGAGAAGCUGAAGAUAUCGCUACCUAGGAACGAUUCCGUGGAAAAGGGAAGCAAGGUAAAAUCUCCUAGAAAAAAGGAUGCAAACUGGCAGGAAUUUGCUGGUAAGAGCACCAAGAAAACUACUCCAGUUCAAAAAGAAACUCCGCCACCUCUUCCUCCGAAAGGGAUACAGAAAUCGUGGAUCAACUUUGAGGAAAUUCCAGAAAAAAGGAAAGCACCGAAAAGGAUACAAACUAUACCUUCCCGAGGAUAUAUUGAGGUGCCAGAAAGCAUCCUGCAGGAGAACGUCAUUUACAAUUACGUAAACCCGGAGGAAUGUAAAUGCGAAUGUCACGAAAUCAAUGCCAAAGAAAGGGAAAAACGGAGCAGGGAAGGAAGCAGAGAUAGUAGCCGCGAGAGCAGAGACGGUGCUAUAGGAACUAGAGUGGUGCAAGAGGAUGAACUACCUCUUUUAGAAGAUGAUAACGCUGACGACGAAAAGAUUGGACAGUUUGAAAGUAAACACAGGUCUAAGUUGGAUGUUGCCGAUUUGAGGAGUAUAGUAAGUGAUUCGUCAGUUGAUCUGAGCGCGUGUGCGGAACCCACGGGAGGAACUACCUGUGACGUGACCUUAAAGACGCCGUUUACAAGUGAUCUAGGUGUGUCCAGCAAUCGAUCCAGUAUAGUCUCGCAGGAGGAUCAGCCCUCUCCAGAUUCGCCAAAUGCCUUUCCAAAAAUAUCCUAAUGACCCAUAGCCAAUAAGAUAAAUCUAUUAUAAAUACACCGUAUUUUUCUGUGUGCGAUUUUUUAUUUAAGUCGGUAAGUGUAUGUAAUUUAUAUAUUAUGUAUAUUGUAUAGCUUAGCCAAAUCUUCAGAGUUAUAUAAUUAUAAUUGUGUACAUGACCUUAUGACAAAACUUAACGAAAACAUGUUUUUUAUAACAUUAUGGUUCAUAUCAAUGCAUCUGAUGGUGAACGUGUAUGUAGCAACGAGUAUUUUUACUGCAGAGCGCAUAAUAUUCAAUCCUGUUUCUCUGUUUUAUAACCGUCAACAGCGCUUUUGAUCACCUACAGGUACAAAAAUUAUAAAAAGCGAUUUCAGGUCACAAAUAUUUCGACUACGGUUUUAAAUGAAUUCGAUUAUCAAUGAUGAUUUUUGUCUUGCUUACGUAUAGCAGUAAUAGUCCAGGACAGAGCCGGAAACAUGGCAUGCAUCAGAAAGUAGCACGUAGUCAAGGAAUUUAAAAAAAUCGAAACUUUUGAACGAAAAGGGAUAAAGAAAUAAAAAAGACGAUAUCUUAAAGUCCGAUGUCUUCGGAGGAGAUAGAAAGUGAACGUCGAACAGCUCGAAAAUCUAC